GCCAAUCGGCGGCCCCGCCUAAGGCCCGGCUCCUCCUCCUUCCGCGGCCGCUGGGGCUGGGAGUCGCCGCAGACGCCAUUUCCUCAGCGCCCCCGCGGCGGCGAGGCUGCAUCAGCGCUGACGUUGGGCCGACGUGCGGCUCCGCCCGGCCCAAUCCCCCCCACCCCCUGUGACGGGGGCAGCACGUACAGGGCGGCGGUGCAGGGUUUGAUAGGAGAGAAAGGGAGCCGAAGAGAACCAAGCUUUUGUUUUAAAACACACCUUCCGUUAUGACUAAGUGUGCCAAGAAAUAUGGAAAAGCAACUGUCAGACAGAUGACCAUGGAAAUGGUUGCAUCACAACAGGAUGAAAAUGCAGUGGAUUCUGUGCCAGAGAGAGAUGCUGCUCGCUUUCAGAAUCAGCCAGGCCGAAGUCAGAUUUCCCCAGAAUCUGAGGUUUCUGUAGCUGCAUCGAGUGCUGGCAGAGGAUCUCCAGCUGUCACUCUGGUGCAGUUGCCUUCUGGUCACACUGUUCAUGCCCAGGGUGUCAUUCCAGCCACACCACCCUCAGUCAUUCGCUCAGCACACAUGCAAGCUGUUCAGGUAGCAUCGAUUGCAGAUGAAUGUGCAGAAUCAGAAGGGAUAAUUGAUUCUCAAAGACGUAGGGAAAUACUUUCAAGAAGGCCUUCGUACCGAAAAAUUUUGAAUGAACUCUCAUCAGAUGCUCCUGCAAUACCAAAGAUUGAAGAAGAAGAAAAAUCAGAAGAUGAAGGAACACCUUCUGGAAUGUCUCCAAUGGCCAUGCCAACCAGCCUGUAUCAUACUAACGCAGGGCAAUACAUUACUAUAACCCAAGGUGGUGCAAUCCAGAUUUCUAAUCCAGCCUCUGAUGGCGUCCAUGGACUACAGCCACUAACAAUGACAAAUUCGGGAGCUCCUCAGCCAGGUGCUACCAUUGUGCAAUAUGCAGGACAAUCCCCUGAUGGCACACAACAAUUUUUUGUUCCUGGAAGCCCAGUUGUUGUUCAAGCUGCCACUGGAGACAUGCCAGCUUACCAGAUUCGAACUCCCACUACUACCUUACCUCAGGGAGUGGUAAUGGCAGCCUCACCAGGGGCUCUGCACAGCCCUCAGCAACUGGCAGAAGAGGCAACACGCAAGAGAGAGCUGAGACUUAUGAAAAAUAGCUUUAAAGUAGCAUCUAUGCUGUCUCUCAUGUAACUUGCUGGAAAGCUACACUCUCACAAUUUGACAACUUAUGUUCCAAGAUGUUAAAGGAGUGGACUCCCAGUACUUCUAAAAUUUCUUCUGGAAUUGAAUUCUUGUUCAGUCACAUGCUUCUGGAAAUACUACCCAACGUGUGUAGCUUCAAUAUAACAGAGUGCCGAGCAGAACUGUGAGAAUGGCUCCAGACUGCCCUUUGCCAGCAACAAAAGGAGCCCAGAUGCAUGUGGCUGAAUGUGCCCAGGUGGACAGUUCUCCAAUGCUAAUAAAUUGUAUUUGUUUGGACUUAAAUUUUACUGCUGAUUGUUACAUUAAGGUGAAAAAAAAUUACAGCAGGUUGUAAGCUUGGUAUCUAGCUUUUUAUGUGAAGUGAGUAGUGUUGUGCUUGUGUUUUUUGAAAGUAAAUUCUUUGGGUUUGGUUUUAAGAUUUGGCUUGCGGAAGAUAAUACUUCUGAUGAGCACACAAUGUGGAAUGUGACUGGAAGAAGAAAUGCUGCUUUCAGUCUUAAUGUUUAGUACAGCUCAAGUCAAUACGUUAUCAUUUACUCACUGUUUUUCUCAGUUCCUCUGUGUUUGAAUUCCAUCUUUGUAUUUGUUGAUGCUGAAUUUGUUUCAAGUUCUGGUUGUUUUGAAUUGUAUUUUAACGAUGUUAUUGCUUAUGGCUGUUAUCUGCUGUUUCUGUUUGUGCAAUCCAGCGGUUGUUGUUGUUGGUUGCUGUUGUUAUUGUGGAACUGCAGGGAUUGCAGGUAACUUCAUUUAUCCAGUCUUUGCCGUGUUGUGGCUGUUCCUGUAGUCAUUUGCCUUGUAUUGGUUCCAGGGAAGCUGCCAGAGAAUGUCGCAGAAAGAAGAAAGAAUAUGUCAAAUGUCUUGAAAAUCGUGUGGCUGUUCUUGAAAACCAAAACAAGACUCUCAUUGAGGAACUCAAGGCCCUCAAAGAUCUUUAUUGUCAUAAAGCAGAAUAACUGUCUUUCAUUCGGACCUUGUUUAUUAUGAACUUUAAUCAAGGCAUGAGAGGAAGCAAUUCUACAGAUUGCCGUAUGAACUUGAGAAAGAGACACUUGAGGCCCUUGUGGAACCCAGUUUUGCUUAGUGUUUUCAGACUGAUUUGGGAGAUAUUCCGAAACUUGGAAUUCUGUCAUAGUCUCCAUAAUCUGCUGAGCUUUGUAAUGGCAUGCAAAUGGCUUUUUUGUUUGCACUUUUUACUUCUGCUUUUUGCAGGGAAGCUGCUAAAGAAUGUCGACGUCGGAAGAAAGAAUACAUAAAAUGUCUGGAGAGUCGUGUUGCAGUGCUAGAAGUUCAGAACAAGAAACUUAUAGAAGAGCUUGAAACCCUAAAAGACAUUUGCUCUUCCAAAGCAGAUUAGUAAAAAAUAUUUAUUAUACUGUGAACUGACUGAAAUAUGUCCAGUUGCUUUAUAAGGCAAUACAUAGCCAACAUGAAUUAUGGCUUUCUCUUUGUCUCAUUUAUAUUAUAUUCCAACUUCUAACAUUCCUGAAAUGCUUUCCUGCUUUUUGUCAAUUCAUAGCUCUAAUUUCAGGUUUUUCAUGCUCCUCCCUUCCAUCUCCCAAGGAGCCAAAUGUUAAAAAAUGUAACAAAGUAAAAAAGCGCAUUAUUUCUAAAAGCUGUUUCUUUGCCAUAUAUUUACAUGCUACUUUUUACAUGUUACUGAGUGUCCUGCACAUACAAAAUAUUUUACAAUUGUUUUAGAUGAAUCAUAAAGAUAAUGCAUCCAGUAAUACAAGAAAAUCAAACAACCCAAGCUAUCUCAGGAAAGAGUUUAUAAAAGAAUGUUAAGAUUACAUGUAUGUACUAGCAUACUAGUCUACAGAUGAUUUUAUGGCAUAUUUUUAUAUUAGUUGCUUUGUGGAAAAAAAAGUAUUGUAUUGCUGUCACUGAGUGCCAUGGUUAAAGAUAGUUUUUAAUAGAACCAUGUUGUUUAA